AUGACAAUAACGAAAAGUUGGGAAACUACUAGCAGAAGAGUGGCAAUAAAAGUAGUAAAGCGCAGUGAAAGCAAGGAAGAAGAAGUGUGGGAUGAGGAAGAAAUAGGUUUCGGCUUCAUAACAUUCAGUGAUCCAGCCAGCGUUGACAAGGUUCUAACACAAGGUACACACGAACUAGACGGUAAAAAGAUCGACCCAAAGGUAGCAUUUCCCCGCAGAGCGCAUCCAAAGAUGGUGACGCGAACGAAGAAAAUCUUUGUGGGUGGGCUGUCAGCGCCCACAACACUCGAGGAUGUUAAAAGCUACUUCGAACAAUAUGGACCGGUAAGUCAACCACUUUUAACAAGUUUUCCAAUUAAAUUGGUUUCGUAUUAA